UUGGAGUAGGAUCCGCUGAUUGUCACUCUCACGUUAUUCACAUGAGAUCCAUCCGGUUGUUCCCUGUCGGGCUUACAAGAUGAUGAGCUCUUGAAUCCUACAACUGAACAUCUCUCAAUCUUGGUCUAUCUUCUUAUAUAGUUCAUACUACUUCUCUCUCAUAUCCUUUACAUAAUGUCUCCCGAUCUACAAGAUCCUGCCAAUAGGAGAGCUUCAUGUGAUCAGUGCAGUAUGUCCGCCGACCUUUCCCGCUUACACUUGGGGUCCAUAACUUAUAUUGCGCAUGCUGAUCAAUCUGCAAGGACAAAAGAAGCUCAAAUGUGACGGAAGCUAUCCAUCUUGUGGGCGAUGCUCUACUCUUGGAGAGCCGUGCAAGUUCUCGGCGCGUAUGCCGAUGGGAAGACCCAAGAAGAGGAAGAUAGCCUCCGAGAAUGAGGCCCAGGAGAGCAGUGCGAGCAGAACUUCACCAUCGACUUUGGCGAUGAGUAUUGGGAGUGACACUGGUAGUGAUAUGGGAAGAAGAGCGAGCUUUGAUCCGUGCCAACAUAUGUCUGAAGAUGCACCAUUGGAUUUGAUACCUCUUGGAAACGAGACAAAUGUUGACCCGAAAUUAUUGGCAUUUGAAUCCGACCCAGGCCAACAGACAUGCGCCUGUCUCGCAAGCUUAUACUUGUCACUAGAAGAAGUUCGGAAAGCAGAUGAUUUGCCCUUCACAGCACGGUUAUCCGUUCUGCGGCAUUUGACGACAACAGCAGCAGGGAUCAUACAGUGUCAGGUAUGCCCAACAAAGUUUCUAUGGGCAAUGCAGAAUGCUCAACUCCUCAACACGCUUAUUAUAUCUUUGGCGGAAGGAUAUAAAAAGAUCGUGAAGUCAGUUGAGGACGAAACGAAACGAGCUCAGGAUGCCAGGGAAUCAAAAGAAUUGUACAUAAGCGAAGGCCAAACGCUAGAGGCACCAUCGCAAAACGACGCGUUAGGAUUCUCGCUGAGCCUGGACCCUCGGGAUUGGAAAAGCAUCGCCAACAAAGCAAUCAAAUCCGAACUUUUUGGUACGCCACAUUCGAGCUCCAUGUCUUUUGUGGCGAUGUUGCAGUUGAUGGAGGAUAGACAGAACUUAUGGCAUUCCGGAACGAGUCAUGUACCGCCGGGUAUAGGACAUCGGUUGGCACAUCAGAUGCAUGAUAAGGAUCCGCAUUGUGUGUCGGUUGUUAAGCAUACGAGGGACAUGAUAAGUCAUUUGUUGGCGGAUGUUUGAGUGGCUGGUUUGAUACCCAAGAUCAGGAGCAUUAGCCUUCUUUAAUUUGAUUGUUUACUGUCUUCAUGGCCUAGUGCUUCCGCUAUCCUAGAGGUUGGAAGAGAAUACUUUUGAUACGCGAACACAAUGUGAGGAAAGGAAAGUCUUUACUGAA